UUCUCUUUAACAAUUUAGUCGUUUUCAACAAAAACGGGAUUCCUCCCUACCUACCACCCACACACAGCCUCAACUAUCUCAAAUGUAUCAUCCUUUGCGUCAAGCGCCCGCAAUAUACAGCAGCGCCACAGGAGAUAAAUAAUCGGCCACAUUUCAUUUUCUUGUAUCUCUUCAACGACACGUUACUCGAGCCGUUCGUUCUCCCUGUUGUUUGUUUGCUGCUGCUGCUUGACGGCAGCGAUGUGGAUUUAGUGCCGGCGUGCCACGGUGGCGACGGGGCACGAUCAAACGACCGCCCUCUUCACCACCACCACCUCCUACCCACCCAACCACGCAGCCAAAUCGACGACUCGUGGCCACUGCGACUCGUGAUGGGAGACCACGAUGAGUUCACGGCGCCCCCAGAGUGUCCCGUCUUCGAGCCCAGCCGAGAGGAGUUCGCCGAGCCGCUCGCCUUCAUUGCCAAGAUCAGACCCAUCGCCGAGAAGACGGGCAUCUGCAAGAUACGACCACCCGCGGACUGGCAGCCUCCGUUCGCCGUUGACGUCGACAACUUCCGCUUCACGCCCAGGAUCCAGAGACUCAACGAGCUCGAGGCUCAAACACGCGUGAAGCUCAACUUCCUGGACCAGAUCGCCAAGUUCUGGGAGCUCCAGGGCUCCACCCUGAAGAUCCCGAUCGUGGAGCGCAAGACACUCGACCUCUACACACUCAGCAAGGUGGUGAUGGAGGAGGGCGGCUUCGAGUACCUGAGCCGCGAGCGCAAGUGGGCGCGGGUUUCCCUGCGCAUGGGUUACCCGGCGCACCGCGGCGUCGGCUCGCUGCUGCGCUCGCACUACGAGCGCAUCCUCUACCCCUACGACCUCUUCCACGCCGGCGUCAGCCUCCACACGCUCAAGAACCUCUCCAAGCAGAAGCUGCCGCUGUCUCUGGCUCGCUCCGCCGCUCCCACCGACAAGCAAGAUGACGUGGGGGAGAAGGACAAGGAGUACAAGCCGCACGGCAUCCCGCAGCGACUGUCGGUGCAGCCCUCCAAGACGGACUGCUACGGGCGGCGUGCCAAGCGUCUCAACACCGAGCCCGAGCCAACGGAGGCCGACAUUGCGAGCAACCCUGAGCUGAAGAAGCUGCAGAUCUACGGAGCUGGGCCCAAGAUGAUGGGUCUCGGACUGAUGGCGCGCGAGAAGCUCGGCGCCAGCAGGAGGAAGGACGCUGACGUGAAGCAGGAGCCGACUGUGGCGCCAAAACUGGAACCGGCGCCGCCGCCUCCACCGCCGCCAACACCACCACCGGCGCUGGCAGCGGACGGUGGCGAGAACUGUUCCAAGUGGGAAGAUUCGGCGGGGGCCGGCAAGCAAUCGCUGGUCCCCUCUCCCUCUCCGCCGGUACUGGCUCGUGCCGAGCGCGCGGAGCAGCCCUGCAAGCAGGAGCAUCCGUCCAGCCCGGUCGUCAUCUCCGACGAUGACGACGACGACGGUGGCGGUGGCGGCGGCGGCGGCGGUGCCGGCGAAGCGAGGGGCGGUGGCGCUGCAGAGGAACGGAAACUGGAGGGUGGUGGUGGCGGCGCUGGCAGCGAUGGCGCUGCUGUUGAUGGAUCCGUGGAGCAGAAGGCAGAGGCUGCGUGCCUCGUGUGCGAGAGCGCCGUUGCCGUGGAGACGAUGCUGCGGUGCAGCCGUUGCGGAGACGGGUACCACAGGACUUGCCUCGUGCCGCCCCCCCCAGAAGCCGCCAGCGUACACUGGCGCUGCCCCAAGUGCAUCGCCGAGGAGUGCAGCAAGCCACACGAGGCGUUUGGCUUUGAGCAGGCCACCAAGGAGUACACGCUGCAGAGCUUUGGGGAGAUGGCCGACACGUUCAAGGCGGACUACUUCAACAUGCCCGUGCACAUGGUGCCAACGGACCUGGUGGAGCGCGAGUUCUGGCGCUUGGUGAACAGCAUCGAGGAGGACGUGACGGUGGAGUACGGAGCCGACAUUCACUCGCGCGAGUUUGGCAGCGGCUUCCCGGUGCGCGACCAGGAAAGGAUCCUUACGCCCGAGGAGGAGACGUACGUGGAGUCGGGCUGGAAUCUCAACAUCAUCCCCGUGCACGGGCAGUCGGUGCUCGGCUUCAUCAACGCAGACAUCUCCGGCAUGAAGGUGCCCUGGCUGUACGUGGGCAUGUGCUUCUCUGCCUUCUGCUGGCACAUUGAGGACCACUGGAGCUACUCCAUCAACUACCUGCACUGGGGCGAGCCGAAGACGUGGUACGGCGUGCCGUCGCACGCGGCCGAGCACCUGGAGUCUGUGAUGAGGAAGCUGGCGCCGGAGUUGUUCGAGUCCCAGCCGGACCUCCUGCACCAGCUGGUGACCAUCAUGAACCCCAACCUGCUCAUGUCGCACGGCGUGCCGGUGGUGCGGACGAACCAAUGUGCGGGAGAGUUUGUGGUGACGUUCCCACGGGCCUACCACAGCGGAUUCAACCAGGGGUACAACUUUGCCGAGGCCGUCAACUUCUGCACCGCUGACUGGCUGCCCAUGGGCCGCCUGUGCGUGGACCACUACCGCCGGCUGCACCGCUACUGCGUGUUCUCGCACGAGGAGCUCAUCUGCAAGAUGGCGUCGGACCCCGAGGGCCUGGGCCUCAACCUGGCGGCGGCCGUGCACAAGGAGCUCUUCAUCAUGGUGCAGGAGGAGCGCAAGCUGCGCCGUGCCCUGCUGCAGCGGGGCACAACGGAGGCAGAGCGCGAGGCGUUUGAGCUGCUUCCCGACGACGAGCGGCAGUGCGACACGUGCAAGACGACGUGCUUCCUGUCGGCGCUGGCGUGCUCGCGCUGCCACAACCGCCUCGUGUGCCUGCACCACGCCGCCCAGCUCUGCAAGUGCCCGGCCGCCAAGCACUACCUGCGCUACCGCUACACGCUGGACGAGCUGCCGGCCAUGCUGCAGCGACUCAAGGUGUGCGCCGAGUCGUUCGACAGCUGGGCCACGCGCACGCGCCGCGCCCUGGAAGCCGAGGGCGCCCUCAAGAAAGAGCUGCCGCACCUGCAGGAGCUGGCUGCCGAGGCGGAGGAGAGGAAGUUCCCGGAGAACGAUCUCUCGCUGCAGCUGCACGUCGUCGUCACGGAGACGGAGCGCUGCCUCGCGCUGGUUCGCUCGCUGCUCCACGCCCGGCCCGCCGACGGGAGCCGUGAGGAGCCGGGGGAGCGACUCACCCUGGUGGAGCUGCGGGAGCUGGUGGAGCAGAUGCAGAGUCUGCCCUGCGCCGUUCCCGAAGCCGCGCAGGUGGAGGAACUGCUGGAGCGAGCGGAGUGUCUGGAGGUGCGCGCCACCGAGGUGGCGGAGGAGGCGGCGCCCGGCGCUGGCACCGUGGAGUCUCUGCUGCGGGACAUCGAGCGUCUGGGCCCCACCAUCGUCCUGCCGCACACGGCCACGCUGCGCGACGCCCUGCCCCGGUCACGCUGGCUGCACCAGGUGCGCGAGAGCCUGUCGCAAGGCGGGGCUCGCGUGCCGCUAGACGCCGUGCGGGGCCUGCUGAGGGCCGGGCUGGCGCUGCCAGCUAACCCGUCGGUGCAGAAGGCGCUGUCCGAGCUGCAGGAGCUGCAGAGCAUCGCUCAGCGCUGGGAGGAGAAGGCGGCGCUCUGCCUGCAGUCUGGGCAGCGUCACAGCGCGGCGACGCUGGAGGCGAUCGUGGCCGACGCGGAGCAGGUGCCCGCGGUGCUGCCCAAGGUGCGCGCCCUCACCGCGGCGCUCGCCGCCGCGCGCCAGUGGAGCCACCUCCUGGAGGCCAUGCAGAACGCGGACCACUUCCCGUACCUGGAGGUGCUGGAGAGCGCGGUGCGCUGCGGCGCCGACGUGGCGGUGAGGCUGGACGCGCUUCCCCAGCUGCAGGCGCAGGUGCAGCUGGCGAGCGCCUGGCGCGAGCGCACGGAGCGCACGUUCCUGCGACGCCACUCGUCGUACUCCGUGCUGGAGGUGCUGAGUCCGCGCACUGACAUCGGCGAGUACGGCAAGCGGCGCCCGAGAGGAGCUGCCGGCGACCCCAAGGCAGCGCCGCCCGCCGAGGUCACCAUCGCCGACCUCCAGCGGCAAAUCAAGGAGGCACGCGACCCCGACGCGGUGGUCCAGUCGCUGAAGGAUGCCGAGAGGAGGGAGGUGGAAGCCAUACGCCGGCUGCGCACCAAAAACGCCAGCAAGCUGGUGCUGCCGCUCCCCACCAGCGGCUCGAGCCCGCACCAUCACUCGCCCAAGGCCCUCGCCGGCCCCACGCCGAGACCACAACAGCCGGGCGACCCAGGCGGCGCCGUGAACAACGGCGACGCCGCCGAUGGCGCCGCCGGCACCGGCGCGGCGGAGUUCUGCCUGUGCCGUCGCCCGGCGCGCGGCCUCAUGCUGUACUGCGAGCUGUGCGGGGACUGGUUCCACUGCGGCACCUGCGUGCCGGCGCCGCGAUCCGGCACGGGCCGGCGCCACGGGCCGGGCUACCGACUGCUGCGCCCGCUGGGGCCUCCGUUCCUGUGCCCCGGCUGCCAGCGCUCGCGCCGCCCGCGCCUCGUGGCCAUCCUGCCGCUGCUGCUGGCGCUGCAGAAGCUGCCGGCGAGGCUCGCCGAGGGGGAGGCGCUGCAGCACCUCACGGAGCGCGCCGUCGGGUGGCAGGAGCAAGCUCGCCAAGCGCUGGCGAAGGACGAGGUGUGGCCACUGAUGACGACGGCCGACCAGGCCGACACCGACCCCGCGGCUGCCCCGGUACCGGCACCGCCGCCGGCGGGGGCAGGGACGGGACGGCUGUCGGCAGAGACAACGCGAGAACUGACGGAGCUGCUGGUGGAGGGCGGGCUGCUGGAGAUGAGCCUGGAAGAGACUUGCCUCAUCUGGAGGGUGCUGCAGGCCGCGCAGCCGGAGCACCUGCCCGGAGACAUCACCUUCGGACCCCGCGGCGAGGAUGGCGCAGCGGGGACGGCGCAGGGAGCGAGUGGCGGCGGCGGCGACCACCGGCGCAAGCGGCGCGGCAAGGCCGAGCGCGGCACUGGCGCGCGUGCCGCCGCCGCGACGCACGGCCCCUCAGCCGCCGGCAACAUCGGCGACAGAAACAGCAGCGGCUGCAAUGCUGCCGAGGACGACAACGCCGCCAGCACCCUCCUGAAGAGGCCCCGGCAGGACACGGAGGAGACCGGUGACGGGGCGACGGCUAUGGGCGGCGCCGGCGGCGUUGUCGAGCGCCCGGCUCGCGAACAGGAGGAGGAGGAGGGGGAGGAGGGGGAGGUUUGUAACAACGGCGGGCCCAGCCGACUGCAUCGGCCACUGGGGGUGUGCAACGGCGUGGAGAGAUGAAGAGGUGGGGGUCCACGGGGGCCACGGGGGUGGCACGUGGGGGGGAGGGCCGGGGUAAGCGUUUUGGGACCGACGUCAAGAAUUUAGUUUUUGUUUUUAGGUUCGCCGCCGCCGCCGCCGUCUUGGUCCUGUUUUGUUUUUGUAAGAGGCGUUGGUGCUCGCCGCGUCCUGUGAGCCGUGCGGCGUGCCGGCCUCGGUGCGGGGGGGGGGGGGAGUAGGAGGAGGAGUGAACUGAACGUAAGAUAAAAAAAAUAGAAAACUUUUAUUUAGCAGUGCUUGUCUGAAACAAAUCAUUUCAGCCGUAUUCCAACAGUGAAACCAUCAGGAGAACUGUCCAGAGAAACAUUCCCACAAGGCUCCCAUCGUUCACAAUGCAAAAAAAAGCACCCCAGCAGCCAGCAGCUUCUGCACGGGGUCGGUCCGAUGGGGUCGGUCCGAUGGGGUCGGUCCGAUGGGGUCCGUCCGAUGGGGUCCGUCCGAUGGCGUCGAUCGGCGUCGCGAGGGAGAUGCCGCAAGAGAGACGCGCCGGACAGCGGGGGACGGUCCGUCGAUCGGCGCACGACUUCGCCACAUUCAAACGACGUCGGUGAUAUCGAUGCAGAACUGUGACCUCCUUUCUUCCUCCUCAUGGUUCCGAUUGCUUCAGAACGCCACGCUCGCGGGGAUGGGUGCAGUGCAAGGGGUCGCUCGGUGCUUUGGCGUUAACGUCCGGUGUGAAUCAGAAUCUCUAUUCUGGAGAAAUCCGAUGAGCUAUGAAGCUUUUUUUCACUGAUGUCCAGUGGUGUGCCGUUCCCUCUGCUGCGCAAAGCUUCAAUUCAGCCGUUUUCUACUGGGUCAUGCGACCCGUAAAUGAUUCCGCACCCACCUCUCGGAUAGUUCCCGCUCUGGCUGGCUGUGGCUACGCCGUCACUUUUCCACCUACCCGGUCUACCAGACACCCUAACGAUAUCCAAACAAUGAGUCUGCGUGUCUGUGUGUGUGUGAGUGGGGAUGGGGAACUAUAGUGUGUAGUGGUUAGUGCGCUGGGCUAUGAACCUUGCAACCAGCAUUAAAUUUCCCUUGGUCAGCUCAGCCUUAAAUGAGUACCUGGUGCAUUGUGUUAUUAUCAGGACUGGGGGAGACGUAUAAAGGCGGCUAGGCGUGGUGCUGGCCACACCCCACCCCAUUGUGCGUCGUUCCGGUCCUCAUAGGCGCUCGCUAACAGCGCUUGCCUCGGCAGCGUGCGUCAACUCCAUACGAGGGACCAUUGUCUUGACGUGUGCGUGCGCGUGCGAGCGAGACGGAGCAGCUGGCAUGGACCUAUACACUGUAGCAUCAACCGCCACGCUUACUCAGCUUUCAUUUCACUGUUGUUACGAACACUCGACGCACACAACAGCAACGGGCGCAACAACGAAGGAGUAAAUCGUGCAUUUGUCUAGCGCCAACCUCGAAGCAAACUGCUUCGCUGCUGCUUCUACCGAUUGUGGAGACCGACAUCCCGCUGGCUCUGUCACAACCUCCACUGAAAAACAAGCAUGGCCGGAGGAGGGUGGGGGGUGCGGGGGAGAGGGGGAGUGUGGGGAGGAGAGGCGCUCGGCCUGUGUGUCACCUCCCACCCUGGGGGGCGCCCCCUCGCUUGUCGGCCGUGGCUUUAAAACCAGCGACAGGCACCGCUGGCUGCUGUGAUGGGGUUACAAUUGUCACGAUUGUUUGGUCGUUGUGAAUAGUGGCGAAGCCGGUCGCGAGCGCUGAGCGACGUCGUCGUGAAAGUGGAAGCCACUUCCUCGUUUUUCAUUUAACCCCGUUUGUCGUCGCUGUGGCUUUGCCGCCGUCUGGGGGAAGGCCGGCGGGGGUGGGGGGAGGCCACGGAAAGCCUCCCCCCCCCCCCCUCGCCACGCCUUGCUUGGCUGCCGACAUUCGUGUGGGGGAGAAAGAAAAAAAAAGAGCACUUUUCGGUGGCGUAAAAACAUCUUUCGUUUGCCCUCCGUUGCCGUCGUUCGGGAUGCCCACGGCUACAACACGGAGGCAGGCGACAAGAUCCAGCCAACACAAACCGACGGCAGCCUCGCCGACUACCAUCGGACUCUCGCUUCGGGCGCGGCGAGUGUCGGCGUCUGACAGGCAGCGCUCGCCGAGUCAGUCCGGGGGCUUGCCGAACUCCCCAACGGAGCGGCAGAUGCCACCGUGCGUCAUCCUGCGUGCGGGGGGGGGGGGUGGUGGGUGGAGGAGCGGCCACCGGGAGAAGAAGACCGCCGCCGCCGCAGGGUUUGGCGUGCCGAGUGGAGCGUCUCGUCGGGUUUUGGUUUAGCCGCGCUUUCAUCCGCCGGGUUGCGUUACGCCCCGUAGAAUCGCCGCGCCCUUGUCGUCACCACCGUUAUUGUCAUCGUUAUUCUUGUCAUUUGUUGUCGUGUUAUUUUGUUUGACUUGGCUGCCUCGUCAUGACCUCGCUCGGCGGCGGGAACGAGAGCGGUCGUCGCCGAUCGGGGGAUGCGUUCACGAUUAGCCAUCGGUGAUUUCGCGACGGCUGUCGCCGAUACCGAAACGUUGUUCAAGGAGACGGUUAAGACGCACGCGUAGAGCAGAGCGCGGCUGUUAAAAACUCCCUCCAGAAAGCUUUACACGUUAACGACGUUCACUUUCGUCAGCUCUCUGUGGUGCGCUUCCGUGUCGAGCCGCAGCGUCGUUCAGCACGACGAACCGACCUUUCACUUGACGUGCUGCUGCUGCUGCAGGGGGAGCUUCACUUCCUGGAGCCUCUUCGGAGCUUCUCUACAGUUCGAUUCCUCGAGUAGCUCCCGGUACCUGGAGGGAAAUGGGGGAAGCACCGGGGCAUGCCGAGCGACGACGACAACGACGACGACGAGCGGUUUGACCCGUAAGCGCAUCCGGAGAGCUGUACAGCAGAGGUCGCAACCGGGUACCCGUACCCUACCCGAUACCCGUCUACCCGUACCCGGCCGGGUAUCGGGUAGCCGUUUGCGACCCUGGUGCGGCCGGGUACGGGUAGGGGUAAGGAAUCAAAACCCGUUUGCGACCUCUGCUGUACAGCAAAACCGCAACCGCAAAAAAAAACCUUCGCUCGCUCUCGUCUUGUUCACUCUUCAACCGUUUAGCAGCAUUAGCGUCGUCUCGUCGGCCUGUUGCGGCCCUCUCCUGCCCGUGCGCUGGUCUCUUGCCGCUUUCCUCACCGGCGCCCGGUUGACAUUUGGUUGCACUCCGGCGUUGGGAGGCCACCGCGCGCCGAGCCGGAUUGUGUUGUUUUGUUUUUGUUGCAUUGCCGGCGCAGAGGAGUGGCGGCUUACGGCUGCGUUUGAACCGGUGUCGCCGCUCCCUUGCGGUGUUAGAAGGCCUCCCCCCCCCCACCCCAUCCCCUAAGCGGAGGAGUGCACGCUGUGACAACUGGGGUUGCCACCUGUCACGGUUUUCCCAGGACGGUACUCUUUGACACUUGAGCGGCAGCUGCCUCUCCUGGGAAACCUGUCAAAAGUCUUCCCGGGGCAUUAACAGUCACCAGUCACGCUGUUUUGUCGCUGCGCAACAAUAAUGACACCAAUUACUCAAGGCCAUAUAUUCACAUGGAGUCCGCCCCCCCCCCUCUUCCGGCAAUGCGAGUUAUUGUUGUGCCCAUGAUAUGUUCCGUUUUUUUGGUACCUCGGAGGUGGCAACCCGAGCUGACGUCACCAGCUGUGUUGUGUGGGACACUGGCCAUGUGGGUGGUGCCACCGGUCGGCACGUCUGGUGGGAUGGGUGGGGCAGUGGGGGGUGCGCGCUAAAUGGAGUCGCCACUUGGUGGGAGGGGGAAAUCGGAAAGGAGCCGGGCAACUCUGCCGAUGUGAAGUCGGCAAAACCUCGGCGCAGAUCUCCACUCCCCCACGUCCGCUGGUGGGGACCGGCGCCCGAUGGUUCGCCGAAAAGUGCCGGGCGCUUCUCCCGAGGAGCCCCCGAGGUUCAGUUGGUGGCGUGGCGGAAGUGGCGCUGCGCGCCGCUUUCGGCACAGGCCCCCAAACUCACGGCGUCGGGGGAGAGCAGCUGCCACGGCAGCGCGACCGCACGGAACCGUCCCCGUGCUGUGGUGUGGCCGGCGAAGUAGGGGGGAGCGGGUUGGGUAGGGGGCGGCUCCACACGGCGCGCAGCAAAGGGACUUGGGGGGAACGCGACGGUCGAUGUUUGUCGCGCUGUUGGUGGUCUGUAAUACACGAGGAGUGUGCUAUGGAUGUACACGAGGGUGUCGUUUAGCGUGUUGCCCGUACGACUGGGGGCCGGUCGCUCUCCAUCGUGGCCGAACUGAAGGCUGUGACAUCUGCUGUUCUUCCUGCCCCACCGGUGUGCCAGGUCGCCCCCACUUUGCACCACCCCCCCUCUCCCCGUUGUGUCGCCUAUGGACACAGCUGGCAUCUCGUACAGCUGUGCCGCACGUGGUGUUUUAUAUACACACGCACACGGACAGCCGGUGUCGGGACACGGCUAGUGUUACGCGUGUUGUGACAUGCGCCCAGACGGCUGAUGUAACGUUCAGUGUCACACGCAGUAAGACGCACAGCCGAUGUUACCGUGACACGCACAUAGCCGUGUGUGACACGGCUGGUGUCACACGCAGAGCUGGUGUGACACUUAGAGCCGGUGAGAUUCCUGUGCGCGUCACCGCAGCCCUUGAUCCGCACGAGACUGCGUGUCCUGGAUGGCCCAACUGUGGCUCCAGUGUCCACGAAGCAGGAUUCUUUGGUCGAGGAGGUGGAUUGUGAAUGUGACCCCCAGUGUCCAGAGAUUCUGGUAUUUCAAUUCAGUCGGUGUGAUUGCAGCAGCAGCAGCAGUCUACCCACUACCCGUGAGCCGUCGCCAUCUCUCGCGGCACUGCAACGUAACGGGAUGUUCUGCGUGCGUGUGGCCUGUCACGGUUUCCUGGGACACAUCUCGUUUCGAUAUAAAUGUCCCGUCUGGCAGCGGCAGCAGCAGCAGCGGUGGUUUUUUGCGGAUUGCGUUGGACAGUUGCGAGCGUCUCUCCAUCGCAGUGGGCUGAGCCUCACGUUACGCAGGCGCACACCCCCCCCGACCCCCCGCUGGUCGACUGGUGGUGAUGGUGCUGGUGCUUUGGUGAUGGCAGUGGUGCCGCUGGUGGUGCUGGUGGUGGUGACACUGAUGCUGGUGGUGAUGAUGAUGGUGGUGAUGAUGGUGGUGAUGCCGGUGGUGGUGGUGCUUUGGUGAUGGCAACGGUGCUGCUGCUGGUGACACUGAUGCUGGUGGUGAUGGUGGUGGUGCGGUGGUGGUGGUGGUGCUGGUGGUGCUAAUGGUGGUGGUGCUGCUCGUGGUGGUGGUGCUGUGGUGGUUUUAUCCGGACAUACAAGUGGAUGGCAGGUGCAGUAGAGCAACUUCGAGUGUAUUACUAUUAUUACUAUUAUAUUCCUAACCCCAUACCGUUCUCAUCACUACUUUUGUGCAUAUUAGUAUGCCUAUAUUAGUAUGCAAAGAGUCAUUAGAUAUCCAUUUUCACGUUUUAUUUAAAACUCGUGCAGUUUAAGCUGUUACUCUUUUUUUUGUAAGUUACCAAAAAGGAUAAAACAAAUAAACGGUGCCGCAGACGGAUCUCCCCCCCUCCCCCCCCGCGUGUCGCCGCGUGUAAGAUAACCCGCGUGUACAAACACCGUCGUGUUCGUGAAUAAAUAUCGUACUGAUGUUG